UUUUUCGCCACGGGUUUGCCGCCAGAACCCAGGUGUCGUGAAAACCACCGAUAACUCAAACCCAAGAUGGGAAAGGAAAAGACUCACAUCAACAUCGUCGUCAUUGGACACAUGGAUUCUGGCAAGUCCACCCCUACUGGCCAUCUGAUCUACAAAUGUGGGGGCAUCGACAGGAGAACCAUCGAGAAAUUUGAGAAGGAGGCUGCUGAGAUGGGGAAGGGCUCCUUCAAGUAUGCCUGGGUCUUGGAUAAACUGAAAGCUGAAUGUGAGCGAGGUAUCACCAUUGACAUCUCCCUGUGGAAAUUCGAGAUCAGCAAGUAUUAUGUGACCAUCAUUGAUGCCCCCGGGCACAGAGACUUCAUCAAAAACAUGAUUACAGGCACAUCUCAGGCUGCCUGUGCUGUCCUGAUUGUUGCUGCUGGUGCUGGUGGAUUUGAAGCAGGCAUCUCCAAGAAUGGACAGACUCGUGAGCACGCCCUUCUGGAUUACACACUGGGUGUGAAACAGCUGAUGGUUGGUGUUAACAAAAUGGAUUCCACUGAGCCACCCUACAGCCAGAAAAGAUACGAGGAAAUUGUUAAAGAGUCAGUCAGCACCUACAUUAAGAAAAUUGGCUACAACCCUGACACAGUAGCAUUUGUGCCAAUUUCUGGUUGGAAUGGUGACCACAUGCUGGAGCCAAGUGCUAAUAUGCCUUGGUUCCAGGGAUGGAAAGUCACCCGUAAAGAUGGCAAUGCCAGUGGAACCACGCUGCUUGGAGCUCUGGAUUGCAUCCUGCCACCAACUCAUCCAAAUGACAAGCCCCUGCGUCUGCCCCUCCAGGAUGUCUACAACGUUGGUGGUGUUGGUAUUGUCCCUGUGGGCUAAGUGGAGACUGGUGUUCUCAAGCCCGGCCUGGUGGUCACCUUUGCUCCAGUCAAUGUUACAACUGAAGUGAAGCCUGUUGAAAUGCACCAUGAAGCUUUGAGUGAAGCUCUUCCUGGGGAC